UUUUGGGGGCGCCAUAAUUUCAAAACAAAUGCGCGUCGCUUAGUCGCAGUUCAUCGUGUCUGUUAAAAGGGCUGAAGCUGAAGGUAGCUGAGCGUGUUUAUUUUAUACAUAUAUAUAUAUACAUAGAAUAUUCUGCGAAGUUAACUGUAACACAACUGGACGCACUAUCGAUUGAAUUACGCUGUGAAAAUGUCCUGCGGUGUACAAUGCCAGAAAGCCGUGCUCAUCGCGCUGAAUGUGCUGCUGUCGCUGAUUGGCGUGACACUGAUUGCACUGUCUGUCUAUGAGAUGAACAGCGUCUCUUCAGGCAGCUUUGAGCACAUUGCCAUCGUGGCGCAGAUCUUUGUGGGUUCUUUCGUAGUGCUAAGCUCGUUUCUGGGCUGCUUUGCAGCUGUACGCCUCUCCCUCAGCCUUAUUUGGAGCUAUGUCAGCUGCAUACUGAUAUUGAUAGGCUUGCAGGUCUACAUAAUUGUGGCGGCUCAUGUGACGGACUAUGUGGAACGGGCUCGGGAUGAUUUCGUAGCUCUCUGGGAAUAUCAGCGCCGUAACACUGAACGCAUUGCCAUUUUAGAGCAAAAGUACUCUUGUUGCGGACAAAGCGGACCGCAGGAUUAUAUUCUUCAAGGGGUUGGCUUUCCACUCAGCUGCUAUGGCCACCGGGAGCGUGUGCAGAGUCAGCUGUUCAACACCGGCUGCUUGGAGGCUGUCGAGGCACAUGCCACAGACAAUGUCAUUACCGGGCUGAUCACCAAGUGGCUGCUGUUCGCGUUGGAGCUUGGUGCCCUGGGAGCUGCCACCCACUUGGGCAUCACAGUGCGCAAUAAAUUGAGGCGGGAGCAUUUCUGACAGGCUUCGGAAGAACUCGUAAAUCUUCAAACAUAAACAUAAAACAAAUCGUUGUAGACAAAUACUUUUUCAAUUGAUACAAUUAAAUUGGCAAUAUGUGCUAUAAACU